GCGUGGUGUCGCGCGGCUGCUACAGUAAACAUGUCCAGCUUAGCUGAUGUGGGCUGGAAGCUGCUGGAGUUUAAAGCCAGAUCCAAACGCUCAGGCUCCAUUUAUGAACCCCUCAAGCUGUCUGUACUGCACAGCGAGGAUGAGCCUCUGUGGGACAAACUGGACCUGUUCUACAGGGCAGUGAAGUCGACUAUUCUGAACUACCAGAGUCCCACCACCGGUCUGUUCCCAGUGAAGACCUGCUCUGACUGUAAUGAGGCCAAGGUGCGAGAUUCCCUCUACUGUGCUGCCAGUUCCUGGGCCUUGGCUCUGGCAUAUAGACGUGUGGACGAUGACAUGGGCCGCACGCACGAGCUGGAACAUUCGGCCAUUAAGGGCAUGCGGGGAAUCCUCUACUGCUACAUGCGGCAGUCAGACAAGGUGGAGAGCUUUAAACAGAACCCCAGCCCUUCCACAUGUCUGCAUUCUGUAUUCAACGUCCACACAGGAGAUGAGCUCUACUCCUACGCUGCCUACAGUCACCUGCAGAUCGAUGCCGUGUCUCUCUUCCUCCUGUACAUGGUGGAGAUGAUUUGUUCUGGUCUUCAGAUCAUCUACAACACUGAUGAGGUGUCAUUUAUCCAGAACCUCGUGUUUUGUGUGGAGAGGGCCUAUCGCGUUCCCGACUUUGGGAUGUGGGAGAGGGGGAGUAAAUAUAACAACGGCACUACGGAACUCCACUCCAGUUCAGUGGGGCUGGCCAAAGCUGCUCUGGAGGCGAUCAAUGGCUUCAACCUGUUUGGGAAUCAGGGAUGUUCCUGGUCGGUGAUUUUCGUGGAUCUGGAUGCUCACAACCGGAACAGACAGACCCUAUGUUCUCUGCUGCCCAGAGAGUCUCGCUCCCAUAACACAGACGCCGCCCUGCUUCCCUGCAUCAGCUACCCGGCGUUCGCGGUGGAUGACGAUGCCCUCUACACUCAGACCCUGGACAAGAUCAUCCGGAAGCUGAAGGGAAAAUACGGCUUCAAGCGUUACCUCCGGGACGGCUACAGGACUCCCAAUGAGGACAAGAACCGGAGAUACUACCGACCCGCCGAGAUGAAGCUCUUCGAUGGCAUCGAGUGCGAGUUUCCGAUAUUUUUCAUCUACAUGAUGAUUGACGGGGUGUUUAGAGGAAACCAAGCCCAGGUCCAGGAGUAUCAAGAACUUUUGCAAGCGGUCAUUUUCGAGUCUUUUGAAGGCCAUGCCGUCAUUCCCAAGUACUACUAUGUUCCGGCCGACUUUGCGGAAGGGGAACAGAGGAACCCUGGGAGCCAGAAGCGUUUCCCUAGCAACAGUGGCCGUGAUGGGAUGCUUUUCCUGUGGGGGCAGGCCCUGUACAACAUUGCCAAGCUUCUGGUGGAUGGUCUGAUCAGUCCAAAAGAUCUCGACCCUGUCCACCGCUAUGUGGCUCCAGAGGACCAGAGGAAUGUCAGUAUGAGAUACUCUAACCAGGGUCCCAUUGACAAUGAUGUGGUGAUCUAUGUGGCACUGAUCGCCGAAAGUCAGAGAUUGCAGGUGUUUCUAAACACAUACGGUAUCCAGACCCAAACACCGCAGCAAGUUGAACCUAUUCAGAUCUGGCCACAGCAGAGCUGCGUCCGUGCAUACCGUUUUCUGGCCAUGAAUAAAAAGUUGGGUUUGAGCGGGCGUCCAGAGAGACCUGUGGGUUGCAUUGGAACCUGUAAGAUCUAUCGUAUCCUGGGGAAGACUGUGGUUUCCUAUCCCAUCGUCUUUGAUCUCAGCGACUUCUACCUGUCCCAGGAUGUCAUGCUCCUGAUUGAUGAUAUCAAGAAUGCCUUACAGUUCAUUAAGCAGUGUUGGAAGAUGCCAGGCAGACCUCUGUUCCUGGUUCUCAUCAGAGAAGACAACAUUAAAGGGAGCCGCUUCAACCCGGUGCUAGACAUGCUGGGCUCCUUCAAGAAGGGCAGCGUCGGUGGGGUGAAAGUUCACGUCGACAGGCUUCAGACGCUGAUCUCCGGAGCCGUCGUGGAACAGCUAGAUUUCCUGCGUGUGAAUGAGGCAGAAAUUCCCGAGUUUAAGAGCUUUGAGGAGCUGGAGCUGCCCAAGCACUCGAGGGUGAAGCGCCAGACGAGUACGCCCAACGCCUCAGACCUGGAGCAGCAGCCCGAGAUCGACGUGGACGAGUGGUACCCCAAACCCACACACCAGAUCCUGCAGAAGUUCCACGACUGUGACUGUCUUGCCAGCCAGGCCCAGCUGGCCAGUAUUCUUCUGAAGAAGGAGGGUCCUGACUUUUUCAGUAGAGACGAAUUCCUCAGGGAUGAGUUGGAACGGAUCUACAGGCAAGCUGGCAGCCGGAAGCUCUGGCUGGCAGUUCGGUGCACUGCAGCUGCAACGCAGAAGUUUGCCAGUUCUAUAGCUCCUCAUAUAACCACUCUCUUGGUCCAUGGCAAGCAGGUAACCCUGGGUCUUUUUGGCCAUGACGAGGAGGUGAUCUCCAACCCUCUCUCUCCUGGAGUCAUUAAGGACAUUAUCUACAGCAAGUGCAGCCCCCGCGGGGAGCGAGAGGCUGUGUUGCAGCAGGAGCUCGUCAUCCACAUCGGCUGGAUCAUCUCCAGCAACCCCGACCUCUUCAGCGGCAUGUUGAAGGUCCGAGUGGGGUGGAUCAUCCAGGCUAUGAAGCACGAGUUGGAGAUCCGUGCAGGAGAUCUGCGUCCCCAGGACAUCUACCAGAUGUCCCCCAGCGACGUCAAACAGCUGCUUCUAGACGUCCUUCAGCCGCAGCAGGCGGGCAGGUCGUGGUUGAACCGGCGUCAGAUCGAUGGCUCUCUGAACCGCACGCCCCUGGGCUUCUAUGAUCGCGUGUGGCAGAUCCUAGAGAGGACCAGCGGCGGCAUCAGAGUGGCAUCUCGACACCUCCCUCAGCAGCCCACUCUGUCCGACAUGACCAUGUACGAGAUGAACUUCUCCCUGCUGGUGGAAGACACUCUGCAGAACAUCGUGUUGCCGGAGUACAGGCAAAUUAUAGUGGAGCUACUGAUGGUGGUGUCUGUUGUGCUGGAGAGAAACCCGGAACUGGAGUUCCAGGAGACGGUGGAUCUCGAUCGGCUGGUUAAAGACGCCUUUGCCGACUACCAGAAGGAUCGAGGCCAAUCCGAGAGAACUCCCAAACAGGACGAUAUGGAGGCGUUCUACAACACACCCGCCCUGGGGAAGAAAGGGACGUCCAGCUACCUGACGAAGGUUGUGAUGAUCCAACUACUGCAGGGAGAGAUGAAGCCUAGCAAAGACGACCCCUGCUCCGUCAGCUAAAUAACCCUGAAACGACCCCUGCUCCGUCAGCUAAAUAACCCUGAAACGACCCCUGCUCCGUCAGCUAGUCCACCCCGAAACGACCCCUGCUCCGUCAGCUAGACAGCCCCUAAAUGACCCAUCUUCCAUCAGCUAGUCGACCCCGAAACGACCCCUGCUCGGUCAGCUAGACGACCCCUAAACGACCCAUGUUCCGUCAGCUAGACGACCUCUUCUCCAUUAGUUACAGGAGCCUGCAUUAUGCUCUCUCUCUCUUCCCCCAUGCUCUCUCUCUCUCUCUCUCUCUCUCUCUCUCUCUCUCUCUCUCUCUCUCUCUCACCAGCAUGGUUUUCUUCUCCACUGCGCUGUACUGUUACAUCUGUUUUUCAAACCCACACUUUUCCCACCUGUAUCAGCAGGUCUUCAUAUAACUUGCUGUUACAGACUACACAGCCUCUGAUAAUGUGGUAGGUUGUUGUUGUCCUGACUUUGAAGUUUUCCAGUGCACAUGUCGUGUUCUGAAUGGUCCAUAUCUUCUAUCUUCCACUGUAAAUGACUGAUAUCCUCUAUAUGAAUGAUCCAUAUCUUCUAUUGAUCCCCCACUGUAAAGGUAGUCUGCCCCUCCUGUUUGGCUCUACCUCUGUACAAUAGUUGGCUGAGCUGCAGGACGUGAUGAUUGCAUGUUGUAUGUCUUGCAUGGAGUGACACUGCUGUUACUGGAAAUGUAGUAUGGAAAUAGAAUGAUGAGUUGUUUGAGUUGUCUUUGAGUUGUCUUUGAGCUGUGUUUGGGCUGUGUUUGAGUUGAGCCAUGCAGCUGUAGUUGAAGAUCCAUUUUUCUUCACGUAGAUCUGGGCUGCAUUGCUGUUACACUUGUUCAGUUUAUUUUUUUGCAGUCAGAAGAAUUAAGUAGAAAGUUUCAGUGGAAUUUGCUCAAGGUGUGUGCGCGUGUGUUUACUCCCUGCAGACGUUUGUUUUUCUAGCCUUAGGCUACUAAUGUAAUAAAUAAAUAAAUUGUGAAUGCCACCCAGUA